GGUCUAUAAUUGGUGAAACUGAUUUUCCGUGAUUCUGGAAAAAUUCCAGAUUUUAAAGAAAGAUUAUAAAUGAUAAUAUAAAUGAUGAAUUAGUUUGGUUAAUGCCCAGCGGCAGUUAUAUAACAAAAUAUGGGUGAUAGAUUCGGGGCCAGACGAAGAGGGGCAAUUAAAUGUAGACAUAGAGUCAAAUAUCUCCCCAACUAAAAUAUCUAACAUAUCUAUAUCAACAAAGUCACAGAUAUUAAUUAAUACAGCAUCAUUGAAUGUAAUAUGUUUCUCAUAUAACUACCGAAGAAAACCAUUUACCAAAUGUAUUAGGAACUUCUGAGAAAUAAUAAUAACUGAAAACCUGUGUGUCAUUAAAAAAAUAAUAAAUAGGUAUGACGUUCACCAACAUAUGGAAAAAAUUACUGUUGUCUUGUACACCGAAUAAAUAAACAACUUAUUGUGAACAUUAUUUAUUUUGUGCCGAGGGGGUCUUGAAUAGGAGUGGGCUAUGUAUGGCAUUAUAAUUAGAUCGCUUAUAAAAGAGAUCGGGAAAUAUUAUUUUAUUUCAUUUAUUGUUCAACGUUCACAUUACUUUGUAUUAUUUUCUCGUAUUAAAUCAAAAUGAUUUUUACUAAGAAUAUUUUUAUCACGUUUACAAUAACUCUAGUAAUUAUAAUUUGGGUCGAGCCAGGUACUGCAAUUACUGAUGAAGAGAAGAGAAAAUAUUGUAUUGAUUUGAUAACUACGUAUACUAAGUAUAAUAAUUCACAAGCAGAUGUGACGCUCUACUCUCAUGAAAUUGCAAAUAUAUUACAAGACAAAAGAUGGCCUUUUAUUAAGGAAAAUAUAGUUAUCCUAAAUCAAUUCGAUAAGAAUGAAAUUAAAACUAAAAUAGAUACCAUUACUAAUGGACAGCGCAUUCCACUUCACCCUGCACGGGUGAAUACACGGAAUACACGGGAAUCAUAUGAGAAAAAGAAAGAAGAUAGACCGAAGAGAGAAAAAGAGAAAGAACAUAAAUCGGAAAAUGCACUGUUUAAUAGUUACAAUAUAUUCAAAAAAGCACGUACGUAUAUUUGUUUAUUUUUCAUAACAAGUCCCUAGUAAUGAUAUUUUGAGUGGAACGUAUCUCUUAAAAUUUAAGUUUCUGACAGGAGUGAGAAAAGUACAUAUCAGUAACAUUUUUGUAUUUUUAAAUAGCAAAAACGCUUCUAUUUGCCAUGUUUAUGGUGAUUUUUAGUAAAAAAUUGUAUCUAUUUAGUACAAUAAAAGGGAUGAUGAAUAUAUGGUGGGUAGUGAAGUUAUACCUAUUUGACUAAAAAAUGUAGACAUUUUCAUAUUCUAACCUAACAUAUUAAUUUUAU